GUCCUGAGUCUCAUCACAAAGUGGGUCAGGGACAGCGCCUACUUCAAGCACGAUUUCUCCGCCGACAAUGUACUGAAAAACCGACUGCUAAAGUUUUUACAAACCAUAGAAACACCAGCUCUGGCGGACAGUGUGGCCACAAUCACCAAGUGCCUGCGUGGUGAACGUCCUCGGCUGGUUCACACUGUCGUGCUCAAACCGCCGGAGCGUCUCGAUUUGGGUCUGAUCCAGCGCUCCGACCAGAUUCGCCUUACAAACGUACAUCCCUUAGAGUUGGCUCGACAGGUCACCCUGCAUGAAUGGGAGCUCUACUCCAAAAUCGAGUUCUGGGAGGUGAACGGCAAGGAUAAGAGCAAUGGACCCAACCUCAAAAACUCCCUAGAGUUCUCAAAUAAGUUUCAACGCUGGCUUGUACUCAACAUAAUGUCACACGAGUCCAUGGAAGACCGAGUUAUUGUCCUCCAGCGCGUCGCUGAUCUUCUUCUGUUGUUUGACGCUCUCAACAACUUCCAGGGCAUCCAGGAGGCGCGUGCGGCCGUGUUGAGUGCACCUGUUUACCGUCUGCGGGACACCUUUGACGUAAGUCCUUUGCUUCUGUUAGUCAGUUUUGGUAACAAUCUAAUAUAUGUAACAUUAUGGAAACCGGAAUGCCAGAAUUCUUUAGUAUAG